AUGAAUAGCUUUACUACUCUCACGACAGAGUCUACAUGUGCAACGAUGACGAAAUCAGCAUCACAAAAAUUAGUAAAGCUUGAUGGGAGAACUGGCGAAGGCGGCGGACAGCUUGUCAGGAUCGCGGUUUCAUUAGCUGCUCUGACCGGAACCCCUCUCCUAAUCACGAAUGUCAGAGGUAACAGAUUGGGAAAGAGGAAUGGUGGUUUAAAAGCACAGCACGUUUCUGCUAUAACAUGGCUCGCGAAAAUUACAUCCGCCGAGACAACUGGAUGUUUCGUUGGAAGCAAGACAAUCGAGUUUAAGCCCAACUCCUCUCAUCAUUAUACAGUUGAUAGAGAUAUAAACAUUGAUGCAGAUUCCGCAUCUAGCAUUCUACUUGUACUUCAGGCGAUUCUUCCCGUCGUGCUAUUUGCAAAUGAUGCCGCGGCCCUUCCAAUCAAGCUCUCAAUUAAAGGAGGGACCAAUGGAAGUUUCUCUCUAUCAUAUGAGUAUCUCGAUCAAGUACUAUUACCAACUCUCGAAAGAUUCGGUAUUUGUGUAGAGCGACAACUCAAAGUUAGAGGAUGGUCACAUGGUCCAUUAAAACUGGGCCAUGCAGAGUUCAAGAUACAUCCCAUACCUUUCAGCCAGUCUCCGAAAGUCCCAAAUUGGCCAACUGAACGUGGAAGCGUGAAGGAAAUAGAUAUCUCGAUCCUAGUACUUGAAACACUCCAGGAGCCGCUCGUAGAUGCUUUGGCUACAACUAUUAAGCAACGCUUUCCUGAAGCAAAAAUCAAUAUUGUUCUAAGAGAGAAUACGCAUCGGAUAUACACACUUUUAGUAGCUCAUACUUCUACUGGACUAAGAUUUGGGCGCGAUUGGUUGUACGAUAGAAAGACAAAGGAUAGAACCCCAGAAGACAUAUCGGCAGAUAUAGCAGAGAGGGUAGUUGAAGAUCUUGGUUCCGAGUUUGAAAAGGGCGGUUUAGUGGAUGAGUAUCUUCAAGAUCAACUGGUUAUUUUUCAAGCACUUGCUGGUGGUCGAUCAACAAUUUUGGGACAUGAGCUCUCGUCUGAUCUAAAAAGUCGCCCCGAUCGUACGGACGAACCUUUUGGGGAUGGGAGUAGACAUACCACUACAGCUAGAUGGGUUGCUAGUCAAAUGCUUCCCGAAUUGAAGUGGUAUAAUAACGGGCAAACAUGUGAGGGAGUUGGUUGGAAAAUCAAUGACAGCAAUUCUACUAUGUCAUCCGAUAAUUCUUGA